AUGGCCCCAGCGACUGUAAUCGAAAGCAAAUCCGCCAACUGGGAACACGACCCUCUCGGGGGAUUUUCCGAGGACGACUUCCUUCGAUUUCGCAUCCACGGUGUUGCGGCCCAAGCCCAUCUGGAGUACCUAGUUUCCAAAGCCGAAGGUGAAAUCGAAGCCUGGAACAAUUGGAUCAACACAAAAGAUGGACAAACAUGCGUCACUAUACACUCGGCUCACCAAGCGCUCUCCGGCAUUCUUGCCGAUACAAUAAAAGAUAUGCAAUCUGGGCAUAGUAUCGACCAAAGUCCAUUCGGUGACUUCUUGGAAGGACUCUAUCUUAGAGGCAAUAUUACGACAACCGGCAUGGGAAUUAGGGACAAGCAUAUGCGAAGCCAAUUCGAAGAGCAGAUGAUCAACAGCUACUGUCCUAGUUCCAAGUACGUUAUUGGGAGCUAUAGGUAUUGGGACCCCAUACUGCACAAUUGGAUUCAGGUGGCAGACUGCAGAGCUGCCAUUCUAUUCCCAGACGAAACUUGCUCCAACAAGAGGGCCGUCUUUGGCUCCUGCCAUUCUAUGGAUAUACUCCUCACUGUUCAUCCAAACAACGGGCUGUUCCUGCACAAAACUAUCGAGUGGGCUUUGGCUCAUGGUUUCAUUGCAAUCGUUCCAAAUGUGGACUUGGAGCCAAUCGAGGAGUCAUUCAUCCACUUCGAAGACGAGACAAAAAGAAAGCUCAAAGACGCGAGAACACGACGCUUAAAAGAAUGGGAUAAUGCCGAGAUCAAGGACUACAAGGUCGUCGUUCUCGACAAUACACCCAGCGUGGCCGAGAUGUCACAGAUGAUCAACGUUGGCCACCGUCUCCUGGAACUUAAACAUCUCCACAACCGCAAGCUCAUCUUCCUCACCUCGCAUCGCCCGCAGGCUCGCUACAUGUGGUGGAGCUUCUUCUCCUCUGCCACGGCGGCGGCGUGGCGGUUGGAUUCAUGCAGAGACACUUUCGAUCGACGAUUGCUACAUCGCGGGAUCCUCAUGGCAGCUCGGCAUUGGGGUACUUCCGGACCGUACUGUGAGAAUGGUAUCCUUACUUCGUUCGCCGACAGCAUUCAGACGGAAAGGACAUCGAUUCAUGACAGCUUGGCUGGGGCGUUUGGCGCGGCACUGAGGCCGAACCAUGCGGCGCUGGCUAUUCUUUCUGCUCGAGUUGUGAGUACUGAGUGGAAUGAGGUGAAGGAGCCUGUGGCCUGUGAUUCGGAUGAGGAAACAAGUUCCAGCAGCGAAACAAUGGACACAGACACAGACGUAUAUACGGACACAGACCUCUAUACGAGCACAGGCCUAUACUCGGACUCAGACUAA